AUGGAGGUCGCCUCUUCGGGGGUACCGGACGGUGCCCCCACCGCCAUAUCCCAAGGGCCUUUGGUCGAUGCCGACGCUGUGGUGGAAUAUUUGGCCGAUGUGUUGCGGGUGACUCUAGGAGCGCUGAGAAGCGAACUAGAGAACGCCGGCAGCCUUCUGUCUAAGACCAAGUACAGUGAAACCGCGCAGAGAUGCUUGCGGUUUGCGUCGGAAUCGCAAGUCGCCCUCUACGUGCAGAAAGACCUUGUGGCGUCAGAUCAUACAAAUGGAACUGCGGACAGUGAGGAACCGCCCGCCGAAUAUGUUUACACUCUCUCUGCCGAAAUCUCGUCCUCUUCCACAACUGUCGCGUCCGUAGCUUUUAUCAAGCGGCCGGCCGCGAUCGAUCCUUCGCUUCCCAUAUCGUCGCAGAUUCAGGUUAUGAAUCUUCCCGGUCCGGCCGCCCUCAACAACACCCAGGCGCAGCAAGGAACUUCGCUGUCGCCCUACGAGAUCCUACAUUUGCUGGUGCACCAUGGUCUUAGCCCGUACUUUGAAGCCAACACCCGCAAUCAAGAUGGUGCAGCGAAAGCAAAGACGGACUCGGAGGUCAAAACUGGAGUUCCAGGCACUAAGAAGAAAUUCGCGGAGCUGGAACUCGGACUCCUACACCUCCAGCAGAACGUCGAGAUCCCUGCCUUGAAUUUGCCCCUGCAUGAAGUUGUCCAGGCAGCUCUGGUCGAAGCAGAAAAGCGAGGCGUCAAGCCUUCGGUGGAUCUUAUUGAUUCUACUCUUCUCGAGAGCAGUGCGUUCAUUAACAGCAUUCAAAACAAUGUGAACGCUUGGAUCAAGUCUAUUCAAACCAUUACAAAGAUGUCCCGCGAUGCGGAUAGUGGGUCGGCAGCGCAGGAAAUCAACUUCUGGUUAUCCAUGGAAACUGCGCUGGAGGGAAUUGAGAACCAGCUACGUGGAGACGGUGUCCAGUUGACCAUGGACAUUCUACGCCAUGCAAAGCGUUAUCAAGCCACCCUCAGUUUUGUCGCAGACACUGGACUGCGUGAAGCGACGGAUCUAGUGCAGAAGUACAACCAACUGAUGCGUGAUUUCCCUCUCGACGAACUUCUCUCCGCCACGUCCUUGCAAAAAGUGCGGGAGUCUCUUGUCCUCAUCUUCAAUCAUCUUAACAAAAAGCUGAAGAUCUGCCCGUAUCCGAUCAAGCGUGCCCUUGCACUUGUGGAGGCCAUCUCUGGGGAUCUUGAUUCGCAAAUUCACUCCCUGCUUAAUGGCCGAACUAUCAUGCACCUUGACUACCGCGAAUUCCGCACCUUAAUGAAGACUGCUGGUUCGAUCUGGAGAACUUGGGAUGAUAACCUCAAGGAGUUCACUAACGUUGCUCGUGAAUCGACCAGGCGCCGAAAUGAGAAGUUCAUCCCGAUUAAGAUCAAUGCGCGCCAUGACAAAACUCAGGAACGAUUGAAGUACAUCAAUACAUUCCGUGUCAAUCAUGAACAGCUUCAACGCACCAUUGCCAAUGUCCUUGGCCCGAAAAGCUAUUCUGCCGAAGAUGCUGCAGCUGGAGCUGCAGCCGAUGGUGCCGUCAUUGUCGAGGAGAUCGGCGAUGUUGACGCUGUUGAGGAAGUUGCGCAAGCCUACGCUGCUCUGAAAAGCGUAGAUGUGCUGGAUGUUUCACCCACAGGAACCCAGAACUGGAUUACAGCAGAGAUUGCCUAUAAUGAGCGCACGUCCCGGGUGGAGAAUUCCAUUAUUGCCCGCCUGCGUGACCGUCUUGCUACGGCAAAGAAUGCUAAUGAGAUGUUCCGUGUUUUCUCCAAAUUCAAUGCACUCCUUGUUCGGCCAAAGAUCAGAGGAGCAAUUGGCGAGUACCAGACUCAGCUUAUUGACAACGUAAAACAGGAUAUUUCUGCGUUGCAUGAGCGGUUCAAGCAGCAGUAUGGUCAUUCCGAGGCACACGCGAUGGCUCAACUGCGCGACCUCCCUCCCGUGUCUGGAGCCAUUGUUUGGGCACGUCAGAUUGAGCGUCAACUAGACGGAUACAUGCGGAAAGUUGAAGACGUCCUUGGAGAGGAUUGGCACCUACAUACUGAAGGCCAGAAGCUCCAAGCGGAGAGCAAUCUUUUCAGGAAGAAGUUGGAUACGCGGCCUGUGUUCGAGACGUGGCUACAUGAUGUUCAAAGGCGCCGCAUCACCAUUUCCGGACGACUGUUCAAUAUUAUCCGUAACCGCGCCGCAGGCAACACCUUGGAACUCGCCGUGAAUUUUGAUGCUCAAAUUAUCGCCCUCUUCAAGGAGAUUCGGAAUCUCAUCUGGCUCAACUUUCAAGUUCCCCAUGCCGUUAGCAACAUCUCGAAGGAGGCCAAGCGAGUGUAUCCCUACGCUAUCAGCUUGAUGGAAAGUGUUCGGACGCUGCUUCAAACUAACCGCUCUAUUCUGUCCAUGACUGACGUUGCAAUCUUACUCAAUGGAUACAUGAAUGACGCCCAGAGCAUGAUUGUGAGGGGCAUCCCUCUUCGAUGGGAGUCCUUCGUCCACUCGUACGAACUACAUGUGAAGCAAGCGGCUCUCGUAAACGGUGCUCUUGACUCAGUGAUUCCGAGCCGGGGUGAAAGUAAACACGUUCAAUUUGUGCGAGAGUUCGCCGCCUCCGCUGCCGUUCUACAACAUAAGACCGCAGUUCUGGCUUCCAUCAACGAUACCAUUCAAAAAGCGAUCCACGAACUCAAGACUUGCCCAUACGAGUUCUCCGCAUUCAAGCAGCGCUUAGAUGCAAUCCAGGCCGCCGUGGACAAACUAAAUCUCGAAAAUUACGUCAACCUCGGAUUUUGGGUGCACAACCUGAACCAGAAAAUUGAGGGAAUUCUUAGCGAACGUCUGCACAAGGCUAUCCGCGAGUGGAUGAACUCAUUCCAAGAAUCACAAAGUGGUCAGCCUAUGCAGAAGGUCAAUGGAAAUGGCGAUACAGACACCACAGCGUACAACAUUGAGUUCCCAGGCCUGACUCACGAGAUUUCUAUGCGUAACCAGGUCCUUCAUCUCGAUCCACCUCUCCAGUAUGCUCGCGCAACUUGGUUCUCGCACUUUGAUAACUGGCUAGGUAUCAUCUGCAACCUGGAGAAGAUCAAGUCAUCGCGUUAUCAGAUUUCCAUUGAAGUACAAAAGGUUCAGCUGUCAGAGUCAUGCUUUGCGGAUCUCCCUCAGCACUGCACAAAUGAGCUUAUCUUGGUCUACAGUGCUAUUGAAACUAGACUCAAGGAAGUUUCGGAGUACGUCGAUAAAUGGCUGCAAUUCCAGUCUUUAUGGGACUUGCAGUCUGAGCAAGUCUAUGACAUCCUGGGCGAUGAUCUGUCCCAAUGGCUUCAGCUUCUCCAGGAAAUCCGCAAGAGCCGAGCCACUUUUGACACAUCUGAAGUCAGCCGGUCGUUUGGUAACAUUAAGAUCGACUACGAGCAAGUUCAGACGAGAGUCAAUGCGAAAUACGACCAGUGGCAGCACGAGAUACUGCUUAAGUUCGGCUCUAAACUCGGAAACCGCAUGCGCGAAGUACAUUCCGAGAUUGCUACCGCCCGACACGACUUGGAAGGGAAAUCUUUGGACUCUGCUUCUACUGCUCAUGCAGUCGCCUUCAUUACCAGUGUGCAACAAUGCAAGCGCAAGGCCAAGGUAUGGGAGCCUGAAGUGGAUCUUUUCCGCCAAGGUCAGGCUACUCUUGUGCGUCAACGGUACCAGUUCCCUAGUGAUUGGCUUCAUGUUGAGAACGUCGAUGGUGAAUGGGCCGCUCUUAAUGAACUACUUGGCCGAAAGGGCAAGAUUGUUGAGGAGCAGACCGAAGCGUUACGAGCCAAGAUCGCGGCUGAGGACAAGGUUAUUAACGACAAGAUCACUGAGGCUAUUGCGCAGUGGAAUGAAGAAAAGCCUGUGUCUGGUACAAUUCCACCAGAGGAGGCAUCCCGCUCUCUUAGCAUGUUCCAGACCCGCCUUGAAUCUCUACAGUCUGAGUUCGAAAUGGUUUCAAAGGCUAAAGAGGCUCUUGAUCUUCCUCCAAGUGCCGAAUCUUCUCUGCCCGCAAUUCUGGAGGAGGUCCAGGAUUUCAUGUCCGUUUGGGCGGCACUUUCCACUAUCUGGAGGAGCCUUAAUGACCUGAGAGACACGCUCUGGACGAGCAUCCAGCCAAGAAAACUUCGUCAGUCUAUUGACGGUCUCAUCAAGAUGACCAAAGAGAUGCCCAGUCGUAUGCGCCAAUACGCUGCGUUCGAACAUAUCCAGAACGUCCUCAAGCAGCUCUUGAAGGUCAACCCGCUGCUCUCUGACAUGAAAUCCGAAGCGGUGCGCGAGCGACACUGGCUCAAGAUCUACAAAGCCCUUAAACCGGGAAUGAGGUUCUCGCUCGUCUCUUUAACUCUGGGUGAUGUAUGGGACCUUCAACUUGCGGCUAGCGAGACCGUAAUUCGUAAUAUCAUUGCGCAGGCCCAAGGUGAAAUGGCCCUUGAGGAGUUCUUGAAGUCCGUACGCGAGACCUGGCAAAACUACUCGCUUGACCUUGUUAAUUACCAGAACAAAUGUCGGUUGAUUCGGGGCUUUGACGACCUCUUUGCCAAGUGCAGUGAGAACCUGAAUUCCCUGCAGGCCAUGAGGCAUUCACCUUACUACAAAGAAUUUGAGGAGGACGCCUCAUCCUGGGAAGACAAACUGAACCGAGUCCACGUCUUGUUCGAUGUUUGGAUUGAUGUUCAGCGCCAGUGGGUUUACCUUGAAGGUGUCUUCACAGGCAAUGCUGACAUCAAGCACCUUCUUCCCCUGGAAUCGAGCCGCUUCCAGAAUAUCAACUCAGAAUUCUUCGCUGUGAUGAAGAAGGUCUACAAAUCGCCGUUUGUCCUCGACGUUCUCGCCAUUAAUGGCGUCCAGAAGUCUUUAGAACGGCUGGCCGAGCUGCUUAACAAGAUCCAGAAAGCUCUCGGUGAAUACUUGGAACGCGAGAGAGUUUCCUUCCCUCGUUUCUACUUUGUUGGUGAUGAGGACCUCCUUGAGAUCAUCGGAAACAGUAACGACAUCUUCCGAGUCGCGAAGCAUUUCAAGAAAAUGUUUGCUGGUCUAUCAGGCGUGCUGAUGGACGACGACAACAACAUUGUCGGGUUCACCUCGAAAGAGGGCGAAGAAGUAAGGCUGAAGAAAGAGGUUAACUUGGUCAAGACGCCUAGAAUCAACGACUGGCUGACUGCCCUUGAGAGCAACAUGAAGUUAACCCUCGCUGAGCUCCUGGCUGAGGCAAUUGAGCAAUUCGAGCCUAUUUAUAACUCUGCUGAGGUUGACCGCACCGCAUUUGACGAUUUUAUUGCCAACUACCCUGCUCAGAUUGUUGUUUUGGCUAGUCAAGUGGUUUGGACUAAUGAGGUGCAGAAGUCCCUGGAGAACAGCGGCACUACCCUCCCUACACUCUAUGAUGCUCAAGUCAGGAUACUUGAACUCCUUGCAGUAACCGUUCUUGGAGAUCUGGACCCCAUCAGCAGAAAGAAAUGCGAGCACCUCAUUACGGAGUUCGUUCAUCAACGUGAUACCAUUUCUAAGCUUAUAGCGUCGAAUGCCACAAGCGCAACACACUAUCUCUGGCUUCUUCAAAUGCGUUAUGUCUACCAGGCUGAUGGCGACUUCCUGCAGCGCCUGUACGUGCACAUGGCAAACGCCAAGCUGAAUUACGGAUUCGAGUACCUCGGUGUUCCUGAACGCCUCGUUCGCACGCCUCUUACGGAUCGCUGUUUCCUUACGCUUACUCAAGCCUUAUGCCAAAGACUUGGAGGCUCUCCUUACGGUCCUGCAGGUACCGGAAAGACAGAGUCCGUCAAGGCCCUGGGUCUGCAACUCGGUCGUUUCACUCUCGUCUUCUGUUGUGACGACACCUUCGAUUUCCAAGCUAUGGGUCGUAUCUUCCUGGGUAUUUGCCAGGUUGGUGCAUGGGGUUGUUUCGAUGAGUUCAACCGUCUUGAGGAACGUAUCCUUUCGGCUGUCUCGCAACAAAUCCAGAAUAUCCAGAUUGGUCUCAGAAACAAGGAGACUGAUGAAAAGUCUCAGAUUGAUCUGGUUGGCAGGCGCUUGACUGUGAACAUGAACACUGGUAUCUUCAUUACCAUGAACCCUGGCUAUGCUGGUAGAUCCAACCUGCCCGACAACUUGAAGAAGCUCUUCCGAAGCGUCGCCAUGUCGAAGCCCGACAAAGAGCUUAUUGCCGAAGUCAUGUUGUUCUCCCAGGGCUUCAAACAAGCAAAGCGCCUCUCACAGCAGACCGUACCAUUCUUCGAUCAUUGCUCCACGCGACUUUCUAAGCAAGCUCACUACGAUUUUGGUCUUCGUGCCCUAAAAAGUGUUCUGGUCAGCUCGGGAGGUCUUAAGCGUGCCCGUAUCGCCAACUCCGAUGGCGACCUUGGCCCAGAUGAAAUUGUUGAGCCCCAGAUCAUUGUCCAGAGUCUUCGUGAGACUAUCGCUCCAAAAUUAGUUCGGGAAGACGUGGCGACGAUGCUGCAGAUCCAGGAGCAAGACUUUGCUGGAGUAGAAUAUGUGCCAGCCAACUAUGAGGCGCUUACUGCUGCUAUUCGGGAGAUUGCACGUGAGCAGCACUUUGUCGACAGCGAGAUGUGGAUCACCAAGAUUCUCCAGCUUUACCAAAUUCAAAGCAUACACCAUGGCGUCAUGAUGGUCGGCAAGUCGGGUUCAGGCAAAUCGUCGGCGUGGAAGAUUCUGCUUCAAGCCCUCCAGCGGAUCGAAGGAGUGGAAGGAGUCUCUCAUAUCAUUGACUCUAAGGUCAUGUCAAAGGAGGCCCUCUACGGUAGCCUCGAUAGCACCACGCGGGAGUGGACAGACGGUCUGUUUACCGGUAUUUUAAGAAAGAUCGUGGACAACCUCCGCGGUGAAGACACAAAACGCCACUGGAUCGUUUUUGACGGCGACGUCGACCCUGAAUGGGUUGAGAACUUGAACAGUGUGCUCGACGACAACAAACUACUGACACUUCCGAACGGAGAACGUCUGAACUUGCCUCCAAAUGUCCGCAUCAUGUUCGAAGUCGAAAGUCUCAAAUAUGCCACCUUGGCUACUGUUAGUCGUUGCGGUAUGGUCUGGUUCAACGAAGAUACCGUGACGCCUUCGAUGAUCAUUACGAACUAUGUCGAGUCACUUAAGACUAAGACUUUCGAAGACUUGGAUGACGACAGUGUGCCUUCUGGUCAGAGUGCUGUCAAGACCCAGGACUGCCAAGAUAUGCUGUCAACUAUUCUCUCUCAACUCUUGCAGACAGAUGAGCUUGUUCACAAAUCGCUUGGGGAAGCCAAGAAGUACAAUCAUAUCAUGGAGUUUACUGAAAUCCGUGCCCUUAACACUUUGUUCAGUCUUCUGAACAAAGCUUGUCGGAAUAUUCUUGAAUACAAUAUCCAGCAUGUUGACUUCCCGCUUGAGUAUGAGCAGAUCGAGUCGUACAUCUCGAAGAAGCUUCUUCUCGCACUUGUCUGGUCCUUUACCGGAGAUUGUCCUCUGGGAGACCGCAAGUCUUUUGGAGAAUUUGUGUCCGGUCUUACUACAAUAGACCUUCCAAUCGAGACGAACUCGUCUAUCAUCGAUUUUGAUGUGACCCUCCCCAAGGGAACUUGGUCGAGCUGGCAGUCUCAGGUGCCAACCAUUGAUGUCAACACUCACUCCAUCACGCAAACGGAUGUGGUUAUUCCUACCGUGGACACUGUUAGGCAUGAAGAUGUUCUCUACUCGUGGCUUGCAGAACAUAAGCCACUGCUCCUCUGUGGUCCUCCCGGUUCUGGUAAAACCAUGACACUGUUUGCCGCGCUUCGUAAAUUACCCAAUAUGGAGGUUGUCGGUCUCAACUUCUCCAGUGCCACAACCCCUGACCUCCUCAUCAAGACCUUCGAACAGUACUGCGAGUACAAGAAGACACUAAGCGGCGUGGUUAUGUCUCCUAAUCAGAUUGGUCGUUGGCUGGUUAUCUUCUGCGAUGAAAUCAACCUGCCGGCUCCUGACAAAUAUGGAACGCAGCGAGCGAUUUCCUUUUUGCGCCAGCUUGUUGAACAAAAUGGUUUCUGGAGGACAUCAGAUAAGACAUGGGUCUCAUUGGACCGUAUUCAGUUCGUCGGUGCUUGUAACCCUCCCACCGAUGCAGGUCGUACGCCUCUGGCUGAACGAUUCCUCCGCCACUCCCCUUUGGUCAUGGUCGACUAUCCUGGAGAGAUCUCGCUCAACCAGAUUUAUGGCACAUUCAACUCGGCGAUUCUUAAGAUUCUUCCAUUGCUACGUGGUUAUUCCGAGUCUCUCACUAAGGCUAUGGUACAGUUCUAUUUGGAAUCUCAGCAACGGUUCACACCCAAAAUUCAACCUCAUUAUGUGUAUUCCCCCCGUGAACUGACUCGAUGGGUUCGUGGUGUGUACGAAGCGAUCAAACCACUCGAAAGCCUUUCAGUCGAGGGUCUGGUUCGUAUAUGGGCGCACGAGGCACUGCGUCUUUUCCAGGAUCGUCUUGUUACCGAAGAGGAAAGGGCUUGGACUGCCGAUGCCGUUCGGCGGAUUGCGUUGGAGCACUUCCCUACCAUUGACCAAGAAGCCGCUCUCAAGGGCCCGAUCCUCUUCUCGAAUUGGCUGUCCAGGAACUAUGUGCCAGUCGAGCAGGAGCAACUGCGUGACUUUGUCAAGGCACGUCUCAAGACAUUCUGCGAAGAAGAAGUUGAUGUUCCUCUGGUUCUGUUCAACGAUGUCCUGGAACAUGCUCUCCGUAUUGAUCGGGUCUUCCGUCAGCCUCAGGGGCAUCUUAUCCUCAUCGGUGUGAGUGGAAGUGGUAAGACGACGUUGUCUCGCUUCGUCGCCUGGAUGAAUGGCUUGAAGGUCUUUCAGAUCAAAGUGCACGGGAAAUACUCGUCUGAAGACUUCGAUGAUGACCUUAGGAGCGUUCUCCGCCGUGCUGGUUGCAAGGGUGAGAAGAUCUGCUUCAUCAUGGACGAAUCAAAUGUUCUGGACUCUGGUUUCUUGGAACGUAUGAACACACUUCUAGCCAAUGCUGAGGUCCCCGGUCUUUUCGAGGGGGAUGAGUUCUCCUCUCUCAUGACAGCUUGCAAGGAGGGUGCCCAGCGACAGGGUCUUAUCCUUGACAGCCAAGAAGAGCUUUACAAGUGGUUCACUCAGCAAAUCGUCAAGAAUCUGCACGUUGUGUUCACCAUGAACCCGCCUGAAGAAGGCCUAUCCUCCAAAGCUGCAACCAGUCCGGCCUUGUUCAAUCGUUGUGUUCUCAAUUGGAUGGGAGACUGGUCCGACCAGGCUCUUUUCCAGGUUGGCUCUGAACUUACUCAGUCUGUCGACCUAGAUAAGCCUGGCUUUGUUGCUCCUGAUAGCAUACCAGUGGCAUACCGUGAGCUGAGCCUACCUGCGUCACACCGUGAUACAGUUAUUAAUGCGAUGGUUUACAUUCAUCACUCGCUUCAACGGUUCAAUCAACGUCUGCAGAAGCAACAAGGAAAGACAACUUAUCUCACUCCGCGUCACUAUCUGGAUUUCGUUGCACAGUAUGUGAAACUCUUCAAUGAGAAGCGCGAAGACCUUGAGGAACAACAGCGACACUUGAACGUCGGUCUAGAGAAGUUAAGGGACACUGUCGAGAAGGUCAGCGAUCUACGUGGCAGUCUUGCUCAGAAGAAGAUGCAGCUGGAGAAGAAGGAUGCGGAAGCCAAUGAAAAGCUGCAGCGCAUGGUUGCUGACCAACGCGAGGCUGAACAACGUAAGGCAGUUUCGCUUGAAGUUCAAGCUGCUCUGGAAAAGCAGGAAAAAGAAGUCGCCCUUCGCAAAGACGUCGUGCUUCACGACCUUGCCAGGGCCGAACCUGCAGUCUUGGAAGCCCAGAAGAGUGUCAGUAACAUUAAGCGUCAACAUCUCACUGAAGUUCGUUCCAUGGGCAAUCCACCUGCUGGUGUGCGGCUCGCUUUAGAAGCCGUUUGUACUCUGCUCGGGCACAAGGUCGAUAGCUGGAAGACCAUUCAAGGAAUCGUACGCAGGGAUGAUUUUAUUGCCAGCAUUGUCAAUUACGACAAUGAGAAGCAGAUGACGAAGAACCACCGGUUGAAAAUGCAGAACGAGUUCUUCUCCAAGGAGGACUUUACAUACGAACGAGUUAACCGUGCUAGCAAAGCUUGUGGUCCUCUGGUGCAGUGGGUCGAAGCGCAGGUCAACUACUCUGCCAUCCUGGACCGCGUUGGGCCUCUGCGCGAUGAGGUCGGACAGCUCGAGGAACAGGCACUGCAAACCAAAGCAGAAGCACAGGCUAUCGAGAACACAAUCAAUGAUCUUGAGAGCAGUAUUGCGACAUACAAGUCUGAGUAUGCUGCGCUUAUUAGUGAAACACAGGCAAUCAAGGCCGAGAUGGAGCGAGUGCAGUUCAAGGUCGACAGAAGUGUACGGCUGCUGGAUAGCCUGUCGUCGGAACGUACUCGAUGGGAGGAGGGAAGUAAAUCUUUUGAGACUCAGAUUAGCACACUUAUCGGCGAUGUUCUCAUCGCAGCGGCUUUCCUUGCCUAUGCUGGUUUCUACGACCAGCAGUUCCGUAAGGCGAUGACUGAGGAUUGGGUUCAGCACCUGGUUCAGUCCGGCAUUAGCCUGAAACCGCAUAAUCCUAUCACAGAAUAUCUGUCCAACGCGGAUGAACGUCUCGCCUGGCAAGCGCAUUCAUUGCCGGUCGAUGAUCUUAGCACAGAGAACGCCAUCUUCCUGAAGCGUUACAACAGAUACCCGCUCAUCAUUGAUCCCUCAGGCCGAGUCACUGAGUUCUUGCAGAAGGAGAGCUCAGAUAGGAAACUCACGGUGACCAGCUUCCUGGACGAUUCUUUUGUCAAACAGCUAGAAAGCGCGCUGCGUUUCGGAAACCCGAUCCUUAUCCAAGAUGCUGAGCAUUUGGAUCCGAUCCUUAACCACGUCCUCAACAAGGAGUACCAGAAGACCGGAGGUCGUGUUCUCAUCCAGCUCGGCAAGCAGGAGAUCGAUUUCUCGCCCUCAUUCAAGCUCUUCCUUUCGACGAGAGAUCCCUCUGCCACUUUUGCGCCGGAUGUCUGCAGUAGAACCACAUUUGUCAAUUUCACCAUCACGCAGAGCAGUUUGCAAAUCCAGUCGCUGAACGAGGUCCUCAAGUCCGAGCGUGAUGAUGUCGACCGUCGCCGUUCUGAUCUUGUCAAAGCCCAGGGAGAAUUCAAUGUUCAUCUUCGCCAGCUUGAGAAGCGCUUGCUGCAGGCCCUAAACGAGUCCCAUGGCAAUAUUUUGGAUGAUGAUAAUGUCAUCGAAACACUCGAGACUUUGAAGAAGGAGGCUGCUGAAAUCUCCAGGAAGAUGGCUGAGACUGAAGGUGUCAUGACGGAAGUCGAAGAGAUCACUCAGCGCUACAGUAUCAUCGCGCGCUCGUGCAGUGCUGUGUUCGCGGUGCUUGAACAGCUACACCAUAUCAACCACUUCUACCAAUUCUCUCUCCAGUACUUUACCGAUAUCUUCGAGUCAGUUCUGCACGGCAACCCACACCUCGAAAAUUCAGGUUUACGGAAGAUGGAAGAUUAUCAACAGCGCAUUCAGAUCAUUCUUCGCGAUCUGUUCGUCACUACCUACCAGCGAACCUCUUUGGGAGUCAUUCAGAAGGACCGUAUCACUUUGGCGAUGCUUUUGGCGCAGGCGGCUCCUUACCCCAUGGACAAAAGCAUUAUCGACACCAUCCUCGAUGAAUCCGUUGAAGGUACGGAUUUGUCGGCCAAUCCCGAGGCGAAGGUCCAGGUGAUGAGCGCGUUUGGGAACAUGUCGCUAUUUAAAGCGCAUCUUCCUUCUGUGACUGCUGAGCAAUGGGAUCAGUUCCUGGGCGAAGAAUUGGCAGAGAAUUUCGUUCCCAAGGUCUGGGAUGAGAACACGUCAGAGCUUGACAAACUACUUCGGUCGCUGCUGCUCGUCAAACUUUGCAGAAUGGAUAGAUUCGUUCCGGCCGCUGAGCGAUUCAUCGUGGCCGUCUUUGGUCGCGAACUUUAUGAGGGAAGCACCGAUCUCAAAGACAUCGUGGGCCAAGUUACCGCAACUGCACCAAUAUCCCUUAGCUCCAGCCCUGGCUUCGACGCAAGCUACAAGGUCGAUGCUCUCGUCGAGCGCACGCACGCGACAUGCGCAAACAUUGCUAUGGGUUCCAACGAAGGUCUCGAGAGCGCCGACAAGGCGAUCAGCAACGCCGCCUCCGCAGGAACUUGGGUCCUAGUUAAGAACGUGCACCUUGCCCCCUCCUGGCUGCAGAGUCUCGAGAAACGCCUCGCCUCCCUCAAACCCCACAAGGAUUUCCGCCUGUUUCUCUCCAUGGAAUCCAGCCCCAAGAUCCCCGUUAACCUCAUCCGCGCCUCUCGCGUCCUUAUGUACGAGCAGCCGGCUGGUGUACGCGCAAACAUGAAAGACUCGCUCUCGUCCCUCUCAACUCGUGCCAGCAAAGCUCCCGUUGAGAAGGCCCGCGUCUACCUCCUCCUCUGCUUCCUCCACGCCGUCGUGCAAGAACGACUCCGCUACGCACCCAGCCUCGGCUGGAAGGGCUUCUGGGAAUUCAACGACAGCGACUAUGAGUGCUCGGCCAAUAUAAUCGACCACUGGGUCGACGUCGUCGCACAGGGCCGCUCAAAUGUCGCACCACAAAAACUUCCCUGGGACAUGAUCCGCACUCUCAUCACAGAAAUGUACGGCGGUAAAGUCGACGAUAGCGACGACUUCCAGCAGCUUGAGCGCCUGGUCCACAGCUUCCUUACCCCUGCCACCUUUGAGGCCGACUACAAGCUCGUCGAAGGCGUCGAGAAUGACGAGUGUCUUAUCCUCCCUGGGGAAACGGGUCUGCCUGCAUUUGUGGAGUGGGUGAAUAAGUUGCCUGAGCGUGAGCCGCCCACUUAUCUGGGUCUGCCCGCUAAUGCCGAGAAACUAUUACUUGUUGGUCAUGGAAAGAAGAUGAUUUCGGAUUUGGCGAGGAUUACGAGCUUGUUGGAUGAAGGGGAGCAGCUUAUGAUUGAUGCUUAG